AUGCACUUUAGAAACACAAUCAAGCUCUCAUUAGAAGGAAACAUAAUCAAAUUCUUAAGAGUAAGGGAUCCAUAUGGGAUUUGGGUUGAGGGUGAUGAUCUCCCUCAGAUUUUUAUUAAGCCGUUCAAACUUAGAUUCAAGGUUGAUCAGGCCCCAAAUCAUCACUUGGUGACUGAUUUUCUCCAAAUAGUUGAGCUUUGUGUUACUAGCCAAGACAACGUUAACCAUUUGGCUCAUGUUUCAGAUUUUGAACUGGAUUAUGCCAUUAAAUGUAUUGGUCCUCUUAAAGCCCCUGGGUCGGAUAGGUUGCAAGCUGAUGUAAAUCACACCAACAUAGCUCUCAUUCCUAAAGUUAAUUCUCCUAAGACUGUUAAUCAUUAUAGACCCAUUUGUUUGUGUAAUGUUUCGUAUAAGAUCAUCUCUAAAAUCCUUGUUAAUCAACUAAGACCUAUUCUUUCGAAGUGUAUUUCCAAAAACCGGGGAGCUUUUGCCCUUGGAAGAUCAAUUUUCGAUAACAUUCUCAUUGCUCAUGAAUUAUUCCAUGAUUUCAAACGUAAUAAAGGUACUCGGGGAGCUAUGGCUAUUAAACUUGACCUUGAGGAAGGCCUAUGA